CCUCUAUCGUCCUUGUACUGCUUUGUCCUUGCCUGAUUAUCAUACGGAAUGUCGGGUGUCCAGUUUACUGCAUUGAUUCGUCUGCCUUUUGAGCGUGGAGAUUUUGUCGAUCCGCAACAGGCUACUUGGGACGCAACAAAGGAUCGAGAACUUUGGAGGAUCGUUUCCAAAUCUGCAAAGACGAAAGAUCUAGACUGUAGGUGGCUUGCAACUGAAUUCAAAGUACCUCCUACCUUUCUACUGCAACAAGCCGCAUGGCUAUACGAGCGACACCUAGACCAUGUGCGCGCUCAAAUGAAGAAAGUCGGUGGACAAACUGCGCCAACCUCGUCCAUUCCAGACAGCACUCAAGGUAGAGCGAGCGCCGCGACGAACAGGCCUGGGAAUGGCCUUGCAGGAGUGGCUUCUAGACCUACUUCGGUUCUUACUGUACGACAGAAAGACGACCAAGUAGCCAGAGAGGAUGCGAGUACUUCAGUUAAUCCAGGGUCCAAGCCAUCACUAUCACGUACUCCUUCUACCAACACCAUUACACAAUCAAAGGCCUUUGGUCAACAUGCGUCGGUCCGUAAUUCAAGCUUUCGACCUCGACAGAAAGAGGAUAUUCCAAGGACAAGCCAUCUAGGCGCCGGCCAAGCUGUGCCCCAGGAACCUGCGCGAGUUUCUGGCGAUAGCUCACCUACUGAUCCUGCAUCUUCUUCCAGUAGCUCAUCCCUCUCGAACUCUGGUCGCGAGAAUCUCAUCACCCGUAGCCAGUUGUUCAAGAGACCCCCUCGCUUCCAGCGAGCACAGCCUCCCAAAGAGCUGCUCACGUAUGAUGAAGACGUGGAGGAACCCGAUUAUCGUUCCCAGGAUGCCAGUGCAGAAUAUCCAUUCGCGCGGCCGGGCGACCAGGCAAGGGCUACAGGCGCUACAAGAGAGGGAAGUCGUGACAAUCCCGCACCUGUAGGGCGAGAAGAGAAAAUAUCCAGCAUGCGCCGCAAUGACCGCCCGACGAAUACUGGCAGGAUUGCGGCACCACCAGCACCUGGGCCAGAGACAAGCUCGUCAGUGAACAGUUCCGUCAGCGAGACCACAAACCCAGAUGCUCGCGGUCCCGAACCUUCAAGUGGCAAUCAUCGGGCAGUCAUGGUGCAGCUCAGUCCGAGGAGGUUGGGAACUAGAUCGCGGAAGGAUGGUAGUGAAGGUACACCCAGUAUGGGGAGCAGCUUCAGUGAUAUUGAUGACACAAGCAUCAGCCAGUCCGCCCUCGAGGAAGCACUGCUUAGUAAUAUACAGCACGGCCGCAUGAGCACCUUGAGCCAGCUGCGGUCGCGCUAUCUGUAGCCAUGAAAGAAUUGACGAUAUGCCCCUCGCUUAGCGUUCCGCUGCCUCGCUGCAUUGACUGCGUGUUUGUCUUGGCGUCCGCGCCUUCCUGUUGGG